ACAACGUUCCAUUCCGUCCAUGGCGUCCCCCCGUGUCCUUCUCCUGGCCGCAACUGCUGCCAUCGCGACUCUGCCCUCGUCCCACUCCUUCCUCGUCCCGUCCAAGUCCCCGACAGUCUUGGGUGGAAGGACAGCUCCUGCCAGAAAGCUUGCAGAUGCUCCUUCCUUGCGAAUGUCUUUGUCUGGCGGAACAGGAUUUCCGAUUCCCAAGGAUUGUGGGAUAGAUCCGGUAACAGGACAAAUUUGCGCUGGAGAUCCCUCGUUGAUUCUCAACACCAAUGUUAAGAUGGGUGAUAAAAAGAAAGAAUUCAUGAAAGCUGCUAGCUCAGCUCUUGCUAAGGGUCUAGGCAAGCCCGAGUCGUAUGUAGCAGUGUGCGUGUCGGAUGGUAUGGAUAUGAUCUGGGGUGGUGAAGAUACCCCUUGUGCUCUUGGAUGUUGCUAUUCUCUCGGUGCGAUCAACCAGGCCAAUAACAAGGCAGUUUCAGCUGAAUUGACUAAGCUUCUAUCGAGUUUUGGUAUUCCUGCGAAUCGAAUCUACAUCAACUUCUUCGAUGUACCGAGGGAAAACAUUGGAUACAAUGGUGCAACCUUUGCGGGAUAAGCACAAUCUGUCGCCAUAUCUGUAUAUACACAUCUUGGGUUGAUCAAGAAAUGUACUGUAAAUGUCUUUGAAGAGAACUGCGGGAAUGGUUGCCGUACUCGUUUUGUUGUCGAUUAUUCCUCUUGGUAAAUCAAGUUGAAUUUGC